AUCGCGAGUGUUUUGGGAAUUUCCCAAAUUGCAUUACGCAUUUUUAGGUUGAUGGAACGCUGAGCUCAAAGUUUAUGGAAUUCAAAUUUUUUAACAUUUAGCCUGUCGUCAAUGGAAGAAGAUGAUACAAUAAUUAUUCUAGCUUCCGGUACAAGUAGCGAAGACGACGCAUGUAUAGAAACUUUUAUUCGUCGAAGAAGAAAGUUGAGACGCAAAAUAAGGCAUGGGGAUGGCGGUAAAAAUGAGCACAAGUUCGAUGCUAAAGACAAAUCAAAAUACGUUUUUCCAAGAAAGUCUAAACAAAUCGAAACUUAUAAAUCUGAAGGAAUGUGUUGGUCAGAUUUUAAAACCAGAAAGGUGGAGAAAAAGGAAAAUUCGGAGAAUUCUCUCUGGUCCCUUCAUAAUGAUAAUGCUAAUACCGGUAGUGGCACUGACACUGCUGAUCCUAAUAAUAAUAGUAAUAUCGGUAGCAACACAGACACUGCAGAUCCUAAUAUUGGUAGCGACACUGACACUGCAGUUGGCACUGAAGAAGAAAUAUGGAAAAAUGAUAUUGAACUUGCAAUGGUUUUAAGUCUCCAGCCGCAUUACCUACCAAAGACAAUUGAUGAGGAACCCAGUAGGAAUGGCAUAGUGACCAGUUUACAAAAUUCUGUUCAAAACACAAGUAUUAAUUGUAAUUUACAUGUAGAUUGUGAUACUAAAAUCAAAAUGACUUCUGAAACUUCAAAAAAUUCAGGGAAGUGUAUUAUUUCAACAAACAAAAGAAAACCUUUUAAACCAAAGUCCACAUCUCCAAAACAAUUUCGUAAUAGUUGUGACAAAUCAAUGAGACCGGAAUCCUCCAGUUUCAAAGUUAAAGACUAUAUGAUCAAGAAGAACCCUGCAUUUAAGUCUUUUGAAACAAAAUACAAAGCCAAAAAGAUAAGUUCACCACAAAAGUUUCAUCCAUAUAGGAACAAGAUUCAUAUAAAAAAUGAAAAUUUGGAUCCAGUUAAAAAAAAGCAUUUGAGUAAUAUUUCUCAGGGUAAGAAUUACAGUAACCUCUUUUCAGCACAUAAAAGUAAGAUAUCCUCAGAACCAACAUUAAAAAAUGAGAUUCGAUCACUAAAAUCGUCUGGACUUUCAAGAAGAAAAUUGUUAACAAAACUGAAUUGUUCUGGAAAAAGUUGGUCUCAUAUUAAAUUCGAAAAGGCCAAUACAAGUAAGUGUUUGGAAAAUAAAAUGACUGCUUUAACAUGUACAGAACUAAGGAAAGAUUCUUUUUCUGAAGAGGAAUUCUCUGAUGAUUUACCUGACCUUGAUGGUGUAAAUAUAGAUCAUUUGAAAAUGUUGAAAGCAAGUUCUAAUAAGGGCUUGGAAAAGGUUAAAGAAUCUCAUGCAAGUAGUGAUAGUCCUAUGAAAAAAAUCAAAUUAUCAACAAAUAAAGGUUUAUCUGUAAAAGAAUGUACAUCCGGAUUACUUUUUACACCAGAACACAAAAACAAGUUGGCAAAACUUUUAUCAACAGUAUCAUUCAAAGAAAAGAUAAGUAAGGAAAACUGCCCAACAGAUGGAUCAAGCCCAACUAGAAGUCAAAAUUCGGACAGUAGACAUUUUAUGGAUAUUUUAGAUUGCUUAAACAGUAAAGGUAAAUUACCCAAUGAAAGUGAUCAGUCUGAUGCAUCAGUUUCUUUGGCAUCAGUCCCUCCUUAUUUGGAUGGAAAUAUAUCAUCGCCGGAUUAUUUUGUACAAUACACCAGAGAAUCUUGUUACAAGAAGGAUCUCAGGUAUCAACAUCUGAGCAAUAAAACAUACGAAAGUUCUUUUGAAUCCCUGCGGUCGAACGGUGUCAAUACAGAUGACAUUGAAAAGAAUACAUCGAAAUGGGUUGAAAGUCAUUUGGAUAUUGUAAAUAGAGACAUGGUAACUGAAAAUUUUCCAUUUGAUGAGUCUGUUGAGAUUGGUGCUAAAACUAUGACUUUUUUAAGAAAAGUGUCCGUUAAGACCCCUAGUUCGAAACCCUGUGAUAACAUAAUUCCUCAAACCAGUAGGAGAAGCCAACAUGUAGGAAGUUUUUGUAAAAUAACAUUUCCACCUUCAUCAAUUGAUAAUAACAUUAUAGAUUCAUUUAGUGCUAUGCAUUUAAAUAACUUAGAUGCAGCUAUGGAAGAAGGAGAUACAUUCUUUGAUUACAGUCUUAAUAUGCUAAAGAGCUUUGUGAGGCAAAAAAAGCCAACAAUUUCAGUAGUGGAAGACAUUUUGCUUGAAAAGGGCUUGCUUGGUAACCAUGGUGAUGAAAUUUGUGUAAAAUCAUACAAUUUAUUACGUUUUGUUUGGCAGACAUACCCAGAUUUGAUCAACAUUAAAUGGGAUUUGCUUAGUGAUGUUAUUGCUGGAGUUACAUACAGAAAGAAUUCAUCAUCUUAUACAAAUUUACAUGGUGGUUUAUUACUUCAUUUGUAUGUUUUUGGAUUGGAAGUGAACUUGUACAAGAACAGCUUGAAAAACCGUGAUAAAUUGUUAAAAACUUUGGUGUUUAAACUUCUGUCUGUUGAUGCUGCUUUCAGAAAUUUAAAAGAAAUUGUGAAGUGGAUUGAGUUUUGUAUCAAUUCUACGGAAAUAAGAGGAGAUGGAUUCUUGCAGAUGAAUAUAUUUCCCUUGCCAAAUAAUGAAUUAGGAGAGAAACAAUUGUUACAAUUUGAUUCUCCAUAUAAACUCCUUCCAGAUUUAAACAGAUUGUUAAAUCUUGGUGUAGAAAUAAGUCGAAGUUGUGUGGAAGCUGCCAAACGUGUGGCUGGUGAAUUAGAGAAGAUUUACAUAUAUUUAUCGGAUAUCAAACGCAAGAAGAUGCUACUUCAUUUUAUAUCUUCUGAUUUAUUGAUGUUAAAACUCACACAGAGGGUAAUGGAAGACUAUUGUGAUGGUACUAUAUUAUCUUCUACUGAUUUUCCAGUUUCAUUUCAUAGACUGAAACAAUCUUAUUUUAGUGCCUAUCCUCCAAGAAGUCCUAUUUGUACACCACCCCAGUCUCCCUCAGAUGAUGGAGAUUUUAAUGGUUUAAAUCAAUAUUCUACUGAGUGUGUUGAAGAGCUGAGUUUACUUGUGUUUUAUGUGGUAAAAAGUUACCUUGCAUGCAGGAAAAGAGUACUUUACGAACCAUUGCAUCAAAGGUACAAUACUGAAGUUUUUACAGAAAUUGAUAGAAGUGGACUGGCAAGCCUGCCACUAGAUGCUCAGCAGUUCUUUCAACAUAUUCAGCAACUAGCUCCAGAGUUAUCCCAAGCAACAGAACAAAACUGCAUAAUGUUGACCUGCUUAUCAGAGACAAUUCAAGAUUAAGACUUCAUUACCUCUGGGAAUAACAAAACAUCUGUUUUUUUUCUUCCCAGAUUAUACAUGUACAUGUAUAUACACAGAAAUAUAUAGGUACUGUAGUAAGAUUUUAAAAAGUUAAAAUAAUCCAGUUACAAUGUACAUUGUAAAUGAAACUGCAUAAUGUUAAUCUGCUUAUGAUAGACAAAUCCAAAUUAGUUAUUCCCAGAUUUGUUAUAGAUUAUUUAGUGUAGGUAGAUAAGAUUUAAAAUAGUUACUUAAAUUAAAGUUGUCCAUAUGUACAUGUUGGUAUAAGAAAUGUACAAUAUAUUUACAAAUUGACCUUAAUUCAUGUAGCUGAUAGCUUCAGUUGACUGAAUUUGAUCUAGUCCCAAUUUUAAUCAUAUCAGCCAAAUUGUCAAAGAUAUCAAUGAUUAUUAUUGGAUUAUGAAUACAUGUUAAUUUCUACAUGUACAUAGUAAUCAGCUAAAAAUAUAAGCAACCCAAAGUAUGUAGUAAAGUAUUUAUGGUAAAUGAGUAUAAGACAUACAGUGCCAAAUAGCUGGUGGGUUCUUGAAUGGAUAUAUGUUCAGGUACAUCUGUUUGUUUUUGGUUAGAUUAUAAUUACAUGAAAUUAUUAAUGUUUGUUGUAAUGGAGGGAGGGAUGGAACGGAAUGACCGUUUGGGUGUACAUAAGGCAAGUAGAUGUAUACAGUAAGGUACUUGUUCAAUUAAAACCAAUGUAUCUUUAAUGCCUGUUUGAAAAAUCAAACUUCUAAACUGUUUUAUGACAUAUUUAUUGAUUACAAUGUCCAUGUAUGAACCUUUUCUUGUACAACAAUAUUUAAACUACUACACUACAUAUUACAUGUUCUUGAAACAUGGUUUCAGUGGUAAGCUAAUAAAAGUGGAAUACUAUAUAGGACACAAUCUGCGAAAUACAGUUAAUGUUAUUAAGGAUAUUGCAAUGAUACAUGUACCUUUAAAGGUCAAAUGUAGACAGUUUUCCGAAUCUAAAGAUUAAACAUAAUACAAUAUUAUUAUUAAAAGAAAGAACUUGACUGCAGAUGACUACUGUUAGAUCUUCAUUCAAUCUCGGGUUGUUUUUUUUCCUAUGUCAAUAAAGCUUUAUUAUCGCAUAAUUCUUUUUAUACACCCUUGUGGAAAUGUGUUCUUAUAUUGCCGUCGCCCCCAUCUGUACGACCGUCGUCCACAAUUUCUUGGGAACACUCUACAGACUACAUUUAUCAUCUUAUUGUUUUGAUAUAUAUGUUGUUUACAUCAGUGAGAUGAGGAAUCCUAUUUGAUUUCCGUUAAUUUCUUCUGGAGUUAUGGUCCAGGUUUCAUUUUGUUGAACCUUGUGAACGCUCUAACGACAAAAGUUAUCACCCGGUCUGUAUGAAAUUUAUCUGCAUCAUUAAAGCGGUGAACAUACUAGCCGAAUCAAUCGGCGUCGAAAUUCGCCUAGUUUGAUAUAUUCGGCCGAAUUAUAUUCGUCUAGUGUGUCCGCUUCGCCGAAGCAUUCGCCCGAACAUAGAAUUCAUUAGCCAAUCACCACUCAUCAUCCAUUCAUAUCAAGAAGUCACGUGAUUGUUUGAAGACGUGGUCGCCGCCAUGAUUAAUCAUGUGACGUGAAAGGUGAUGCAAUCGACUGGUGAAUCAUGUGAAGUAUUCGCCUAGUGUGUCCACCCAUUUGGCCGAAUAAAAUUCGGCGCCGAUUAAUUCGACCGAAUGAUUCGGCUAAUGUGUCCACCACUUUAGAUUAGUGAAACGAAGAAGGCUAUUGAAUUUCAGCCAUUUCCGUUAAUUACGUCUAAAGUUAUGGCCCGCUCUGACAGAAGUUAUCAUCUGAUCUGUAUGAAAUUUAUAUGCAUCGUUCAAAUUAGUAAGACGAAAAAGCCUGUCGAAUUUCGACAAUUUAUGUAAAUUACUUAUAGAGUUAAUAAUAAUAAUAAAUAAUAAUGUCCUAAAAUCCAACCGAAGCUGCUCUUUGGUAACAUUAUGGUCAGUUAAAAGAAAAACACUAGUUAAAAGGAGUACGCGAUCAACUGUUAAAAGAGACCAUUUCUACAAAGAUGGGUUUUAAGAUUCCUUAUAAAACUGUCAGUUGAUGCACAGUGUUUAAGUUCUAUAGGAAAAUCAUUAGAAUUCCACAGUUAGGGUCCUUGUUUCAGUUUGUAGAACCUUGUGAACCUUCAAAUGACAAAAUUAUAAUCUGGUCUGUAUGAAAUUGUCUUGUAAAUGCCCCCGAUUACC